AUGAAGUCGAGUUCUAUAUCGACAGAGUUGCUGGAAUGCUUGAAGCUAUUCAACACACUUCUGACUAGAGACGAACUGUUCAACACCUCCUCUAGUAUACCAAAAUCUGUCUGGGACGAUGAGCUUGGAAGACUGAGGGUGUGGGCCGCAAACAUUGGUGCGCAUCAGAAAGAUCAAUCUUCUCUAGACUACCGGUUGAGGAACGCUUCGCAUGUCAAAUCACAGAUUAUCAACUUGCUGCAGAGUCUGAAGAUGACGUUGAAAGAGCUUGAAGAGGUCCUCAUCGAGCUCAACGAAGAAUAUCCAGAAAAAGAUGACGAUGAAAGAAAGGCAGAAGUUGCAGAAAUAUUCAACGACCUGGUACAAGUCAUCACAAACCUCUAUCGAAUGUCUAUUCUUGUAAGGCAGCCAUCACAACGGGACCGGUUUCUAAGAUACCAGAAAGACGAUGCGGCUGGAUAUGAACAAUUUGACCGAAAUCAUGUGCUGGAAAAGUUUCGCAACGCCGACGCCAAAGUGAUAGAUAGGUUAGCAACAGCCGUCUCCAACAGACGCAGACAUCUGAAGGCGCUGGAGAGGCACAGGGCCAAACUGGGAAAAGGUAUCGGCCACGCUCGUGGGGAAGAGAAUGACGAUACAUCCACCGUCAUGUCUGGAACUCUAGCAACCGAUUAUGAAGAGGGAUCUGCAGUGGCCAGACUCGAGUCUGAAUCACUAAGUGGAGAGUCCACGACAUCAUAUGCUGCCUCGUUCCUGGCGGGUGAAAAAGAUAUCAAGAUCCCUCCGCCACCCGUCGGUUAUGGCAGCGAGAAGCCAUUUGAGUGUCCAUAUUGCUUCUUCAUGACGACGACCAAUAGCAGGAAGUCCUGGGCACAGCACGUGUUUCGGGACUUAAUGCCAUAUAUGUGCAUUUUCCCUGAUUGCAAAACACCAAAUCAACUGUAUGACAGGCAACGAGACUGGUCUUUACAUUUGCAGACACAUCGCCGGGGCUCAACAAACCUUUCAUCGCUAGAACUGACUUUCUGCCAACUAUGCCAUAGAACUGACAUACCGUUCCCAAAAUAUGAACGCCAUCUCGCCGAACACCUGGAGGAACUUGCUCUGUUCGCCCUGCCACGUGAUAUGCAAGGUCAUUCUGAUGAAGACGAUGACUAUGAUGGCCAGAAGAAGAUUCGAAGCAUAGAGAAUAGCGCAACCUCCAGUAAUGCCGACGAUGGAGAGAUAUUCGAUGAAGAUCCUAUCGCGUCUCAUGAUGCCGUUAUGUGGAUGGACCGAUUGGGUAUAUCUGAAGAGGAGCGGCCGGCCACGGAGGGAAAACCAGCAGAAACAACGAAUGAGGCGGAAUCAAAUAUAUCAGUUCUCCGAAUAACCGGGCUAUCAGAGUGGCGAAACAAUGUGGCAUUAGCAGCGGCUGAUCCCACUGAAACGUCUUUUGCAGCAGUAGAAGGACAGGCACAGGAAGAAGGACACAGACCGACGAUAAGCGAAAUACAGGCUGUCGAGGAAGGGUUCAGGUUGACGGCAGAGGCAGCAGAGGCUAAGAAGAAACCUAUAAGGUCCACCCGAGCGGAAGAAGCUCACGGUCAUGAAUCCAAUAGUCACGGCCGGACGACACCUCAGCAACUAUCCGAGUCCCAGAAACGGCUCAUCGAGGAGUUUGGCGGCCUCUUCUGUGACUGCGGCCAGUUCUUCCCAGGGAAAAUGGCAAUGGCCAACAUCACCAGGCACGUCCGCGAGGCGAGCGUUCGCUUUCGUAACGCCUGCAUCUACUGCAACAGCAAGUUCGCUGGGCACGAGAAUCUUCACAACCACUUGCUGGUGUUGCAUCCACAGCAAGUGUGCGUGUCUUGCGGCAGGGUUCCCGAGAGGAGACCUACCAGUAGAGCUCUCGUUCAGUCCAAAGACCCAGGCUGA